AUGAACAUAGAUAACUUCCCACAAAGGUGGCUUGCCAGGUUUGAUUUAAAGAUUUUUGCAGUUAAUAACAGAGGUGACCUUCUUCCUAACCUUUGGUGUAUUUGUAAGUCUUCCUUGAAUCCUGUUAUUUUGUUGUGUGAUGACCAACAUUUUGACUUCACUAUUAGUCUUAAUGAUACCAUUUUUGGCUUUUCUGUGGUUUAUGCUUCUACUAAUUAUAUCCAUAGGAGACAUCUUUGGAAUUCCCUUAAUAACAUUCCUGACAACAUCCCCUGGACUUUCUUAGGAGACUUCAAUGCCAUUGCUAGUCCUUCUGAAUAUAGGGGCAGUCACACCCCUGCCAAAAUUCCCAUGCAGGAUUUUCUCAAUUGGUCUGAUAGGAAACAGUUGCUGUUCCUUCCCACUCUUGGCAAUGCAUUUACAUGGUGUAAUGGCAGGAGGGGUCGAAAUAGAACUGAGAAGAUGUUAGAUAGAGUCCUCUGUAACUUAAAUAUUCUUGAUAGUUGCAACUCCAUUGUCUGCAAUACCCUUACUAAAUCUAAAUCUGAUCACUACCCUAUCCUUGCUACCAUUAAGUUGGACAAUGCCACUUUUAGAAGUCAAUUUAAAUUCCACAAAAUGUGGACCUUAGACCAGGACUGUAGUAAGCUUGUUAAAGACACUUGGAAUGUGAAGAUUUAUGGUUGCCCUAUGUAUGUGCUUGACCAAAAACUUAAAAUCCUUAAGAAAAAGCUUAGAACUUGGAACAAGACUACUUUUGGUAAUAUCCAUGAUAAGUCCAAACUGGCUGCAGAACAUUUAAAAGAUAUUCAAAAAACUAUUGAGGAUUAUGGUUACACAGACACUUUACAUGAUAAAGAGAUCAAAGCCCAACAUGACCUUGACCUUGCUCUCAAUAUGGAAGAGGAGCUUUGGAAAGAGAAAUCUAGAAUUAAUUGGCAUAUUCAUGGAGAUAGGAACACUAGGUAUUUCCAUACUUAUGCCAAGAUCAAGAGAAAGACUAAGCUUAUUUCCUCCUUACUUGUGGAUGGUAAUAUUGAAACUGAUCCCUACAGACUUGAGAAUCACAUUGAUAAUCAUUUCAACAAUAUAUUCAACUCUGGUUUUGUUAGACAGGACACUGGCCUUGUUCAGAGAGUGAUUCCCAGGCUGGUUAAUGAGACCACCAAUGAGUUACUCACUAGGAUUCCUAAUGACAGUGAAAUCUAUAAUGCUAUCACUUCUCUCAACAUCGAUUCUGCCCCUGGCCCUGAUGGUUAUGGUGCUUUUUUCUAUGUCCAUUAUUGGGAUAUUGUGAAAACUGAUGUGUUAAAUGCUACUAAACAAUUUUUUCUGCAUAACUGGAUCUUACCUAACUACAAUGCUAAUAAUGUUGUGCUCAUUCCUAAGACUAAUGAUGCUAACUGUAUUGAGCAGUUUAGACCUAUUGCUAUGGCUAAUUUCAAAUUUAAAAUCAUUAGUAAGAUUUUAGCUGAUAGACUUGGUUCCAUCCUGCCUAACAUCAUCUCUAAUGAGCAAAAGGGUUUCAUUGCUGGGAGAAAUAUUAAGGAUGGCAUCUGCCUCACAUCUGAGGCUAUCAAUAUCCUUGGCAACAAAAGUUUUAGUGGCAAUGUGGCCUUGAAAAUAGAUAUUGCCAAAGCCUUUGACACCCUCAACUGGGACUUCAUCCUUAGCACUAUGCAUUGUUUUGGCUUUAACUCUAAAUUCUGUGGAUGGAUUCAUACUAUCUUGAAAUCUGCUGCUCUUUCCAUCUGUGUUAAUGGUAAAAUGGCUGGUUUUUUCAAUUGCUCCAAUGGUGUUAGGCAGGGUGAUCCCCUAUCUCCCCUCCUUUUCUGUAUAGCUGAAGAUGUCCUCAGCAGAGGCAUACAACACUCUAUUGACAACAACAUGAUUAAUCUGACUAGAGCCAAUAGGUUUUGCACUGUUCCCUCUCACACUUUCUUUGCUGAUGACCUUAUGAUUUUUUGCAGGGGAGAUAUCAAAUCUAUGAAUGCUAUUUCUGCUCUCCUUGAGGAGUAUGCACUGAACUCUGGCCAGAUUUGUAAUGGAUCAAAAUCCAUCAUGUAUGCAGGGGGUUUGUCCAAUGAGAGGCACUGUACCCUUGCAAACAUUUUAGGUUUCUCUAUUGCCUCCCCCCCUUUUAUCCAUCUUGGUGUUCCUAUUUUUAUAGGGAAGCCAAAAGCUAUUCAUUUUCAGGCUCUGGCUGGUAAAAUCAAAUUGAAGCUUGCUAGUUGGAAAGCAAACCUCCUAUCCAUGGCUGGCAGAGUGAUUCUUGUUAAAUCUGUCAUUCAAAGCAUGAUGGUUCACACCAUUACCAUAUAUGACUGGCCAGCAAGUAUCAUAAAGAGCAUAGACACUUGGACAAAGAAUUUCAUAUGGAGUGGCAACAUUGAGAAGAGGAAAUUGAUCACUGUGGCAUGGAGCAAAUGCUGCUCUAAGGCUGAAGAGGGUGGUCUGGGUAUUAUCUCCCUCAAGCACUACAACAAAGCCACCAACCUUUUCCUUUGCUGGCAGUUAUUAAGUAGGAGACAACCCUGGGCUUCCCUCCUCUAUGCUAGAGUUUUCAGAAACAGGAAGGCCUUAAGCUACAAUAUUCAAUCAUCUCUUUGGAAAGGUCUUAAGGAAUGGUACACCACUGUCCUUGAACACAACACUUGGGUCAUAGGCAAUGGAAAGAUGAUAAAUUUUUGGCUGGAUAAUUGGUCUGGUGAAGUUCUUGCCUCUAAGUUCAAAGUGCCAGACUGUUUUCACCCCAACCUCAAGGUUACUGUGGCAGACUGUUGGAAUAAUGGAUGGGCCAUUCACACCAACAUUCUAACUGCUCUGCCUAAUCUCCUGAACUCUAUAAGACCUUUUUUUGUCUCUGGCCUUGAUUUCCCUGACACACUGGCUUGGAAUGCAAAUGAGAAUGGUAUCCUCACCAUCAAAGAUGCGUAUAAAAUGCUCAAAAAACCCUCUGUUUCCAGUAAUUGGUCCCUGCUCCCUUGGGACUAUGAUUCUGCUCCCUCUCAAUCGAUGUUGGUUUGGAAAAUUAUGCAUCGAAAAGUCUCUACUGAUGAGAAUCUUAACUUGAGGGGUUUUCUUUUUCCUUCAAUGUGCUCUUUGUGUCUUUGUCAUGAGGAAAAUACUAACCAUCUUUUCUUUAAUUGUAGCUUUGCUGUGAACAUUUGGAGAUGGUUUAGUAGUCAAACCCAAAGUCACCUAGUGAUUAACUCUUUGGAUGACUGUUUGCAGGUGCUUAGGAGAUCUUGGAACCCUCAAUCUUUGGCUGUGAUCAAGGCCAGUAUGGUGUGUACUUUUUCGCAGAUUUGGCAUGCGAGGAACUUGGCUAGGUUUGAAGGCAAGCAUCUGCAUUGGAAAAACUGCAUAACAAUGAUCAUGGCUAGAGCCAAACUUGUGGGAAGCACAACUACCAGGAAAUCAGAUAAUUCAAUUCACAAUUUUUUUGUCCUCAAGAAUUUUGAAGUCACCAUCCAGCCGCGUGUGCCUAAAAGAUGCAUUGACUCCCUUUGGUUUCCUCCUGAUGUCUCGUGGAUCAAAUGUAACAUUGAUGGGGCUGCUGCAGGAAGUCCCUUUCUUGCUGCCAGUGGCGGUCUUUUCAGGGAUAACCAGGCGAAUCAUAUUAUCAGUUUCUGUACUUUCCUUGGAACCGGUUCUCCUCUUUUUGCUGAAUUUAUGGCUGCCAUUAUCGCCAUUGAGAAAGCAAAGGAAAUGCUUUGGUCGAAGCUUUGGAUUGAAACGGAUAGUCUUAUUGUUGUUAAUGCUUUCUCUAACCCUUCCUUGGUGCCGUGGACCAUUAAAACUCGUUGGCUUAACUGUUGGAAGCAUACGCUUGAAAUAGAUUUUAGAAUAUCGCAUAUCUUUCGGGAAGCCAAUUUUUGCGCGGAUAUAUUAGCUAGCAUCGGCUUAAAGAGCAAAUCUUCCUCUUGGUUCAAUUAUGUGCAUAAGGAUAUCUUUAAGGAUUACUUGUUAGACAAGGCGGGUACCCCUAGGCCUAGGCUUUGUUCUUGA